AUGUCCAGACCAUUCCAGCCGAUCUCAGACGUCAUCAACACUUCACCGCCACAAAACAAGUCCCGCCCGCAAGAUAUCUAUAGUGAGCCAGAGAACUUUUUAGAAGUCGAAGUCACCAAUGCUCAAACUCAUGGAUACGGCUCGAAUAUGUACACGGACUACGAGAUUAUCUGUCGCACAAACAUCCCGGCAUUUAAGAAACGCCUGAGUAGAAUUAGAAGAAGAUAUAGUGAUUUUGUCGCAUUCAGAAAAGUAUUAGAGCAAGAGACUAAUCGAGUGGUAAUACCACAGUUACCGGGAAAAAUCUUGUUGAAUAGCAACAAGUUUAACGAAUUGAAUAUUGAAAAGCGAAGACAAGGGCUAGAACGAUUUCUAAUCGUUGUGAGUGGUCAUCCUUUACUACAAACUGGAAGUAAAAGUUUAAUUGAGUUUAUUCAAAAUGAAAAAUGGGAUCCAAAACAAGCAGUUUAUUAG